AUGUUCAGCUUCCACAACUUAUCCCCGGAGCGGCAACACCUGUCCACACAUGUGGCCUCCAUCUAUCCCCAAGACCCUGUCCUGCGCAUGGGCUCCAACCUGACGGCCAGCUGCUGGGUGCACCCUGACCUGGGGGUGCAUGCCAGCUCUCUGUUCUGGACCCUGAACGGCCAGCCGCUGGCCAGCUCUCUGUACAAAGUACUGAGCCCCAACAACCUCAGCGUGAUGCUGGUAGGACUCAACGCUUCCAGACAAAAGUCUGGUGACAACCUGGUGUGUCACAACCACAAGGGCCACAUCCUGGCCGGCUCCUGCCUCUACGUCGGCAUGCCUCCACAGAAGCCAGUGGCUUUAAGCUGCUGGUCCAGGAACACCAAAGACCUGACCUGCAGCUGGGCCCCAGGGGGCAAAGGAGAGACCAACAUCAACACACAUUAUACCCUCAAGUACAAGCGCAGGUGGUACGACGAGGAGAAGAAGUGUGAAGACUACAGUGUGGGCCAGCCCUACUCCUGUCGCAUCACCAGAGACCUCUACCUGUUCACACCCUAUGAGAUCUGGGUGGAGGCCUCCAACCAGCUGGGCUGGGCUGUGUCUGAUGUGCUCACUUUGGACAUCCUAGACGUGGGUGAGCUCAGGUUGGGCACAGCCAACAACAAAGACAUGCCAGAUUUACAACGCUAG